AUGAAGUCGAGAUUGUUUUGGCCGUCGAGUCAGUCUUGUGGUGUCGCUUGUUGCCUUCACACACAUAUAACAUAUUUUGUACCAUAUUCAAUGCUAAAGUUCUGUUCGCUGCGUCGUGGGGCAAAGCCCAAGCCGGAGGCGCCACCGUUGCCCGCCAAACGUGUGUCCAAAAGUUCGUCGCUGCGGCUGCAGGAUGUCCAUUUGAGCGAUGCACAGCUAUUAAAUGUGCUCAAGGCUCAGCGUGCACGCGGUCCUUUAAUAUUGGCACUCAGCAGCCCAACUGCUAUAACAACAGCUAUACCGGAAGCGGAAGCUUGCCAUCACUGCGGCACGCCAUACUUAAAACGCAAGAGCCAAGCACUUCAAAAUGGCGACACGCCAGCAACACAAGCAACAACAACAAGAGCAGCAGCAGCAACAGCAGGUGAGCUUAGCUUUAGCUUAACGCUGUUGUUGUUAACAGCUUGUUGUUUGUCACGUUCACUUUUGUAG